GCAUACUCCGAAUCUUUGUAGCUGCAUCCAGACUUUCUAUUUCCAGUUGCAUUUUUCAAAAUUACCGGCACGCAUGCUUUCAAUCUUCAUUCAUUCCAUCUUCUUCUCUCUCUUUUAUUCCUCGUCCGAACUCCGUCGUUGCCGGCGACGAAAAAGGGGGGGAGGCAUUACAAAAAAGAGAGAGAAAAAGCGACGGGAACAAGCCCGCUUCGCUCACAGAUCUCUAUACUUAUAGAAACGUCUCUGCUCAUCGCCAGAAGAAGAGAUCAAGAAGGUAGUGUUUCGAUUUUACCAACAAACAGUUCAUGUUCUGGAGCUUUUCUUGAUUCCUCCUUGUCGGUCGAGCUGAUUCGAUCUUGAUAUCUCUGCGGAUGAGAUCGCGGGAGUGAGGUCAAUCUUGGAGAGGGGAUGGGGGAGAGCAGGCUGGGGACUGUCGGCGCGCUGAGCCUGUCGGUGGUGUCGUCGGUGUCAAUUGUGAUCUGCAACAAGGCGCUCAUCAGUACCCUCGGGUUCACAUUUGCUACUACUUUGACAAGCUGGCAUCUUCUGGUCACAUUUUGUUCCCUUCACGUGGCACUGUGGAUGAAAUUAUUUGAACACAAACCUUUUGAUCCACGGGCGGUAAUGGGCUUUGGAAUACUUAACGGAAUCUCUAUUGGGUUAUUGAACUUAAGCCUGGGUUUCAACUCUGUUGGUUUCUAUCAGAUGACAAAGCUGGCGAUCAUUCCUUGCACUGUACUAUUGGAGACUCUUUUCUUCAGAAAGAGAUUCAGUCGGAUUAUCCAGCUUUCACUCAUCAUCCUUCUAUUUGGUGUCGGCGUUGCAACUGUGACAGACCUACAACUCAAUGUUCUGGGAUCUGUCUUAUCUCUGCUUGCAGUUUUUACAACAUGCAUUGCACAAAUUAUGACAAACACUAUCCAGAAGAGAUUUAAAGUCUCUUCAACUCAACUCUUGUAUCAAUCUUGCCCUUAUCAAGCGUUGACCCUAUUUAUAACAGGUCCAUUUCUUGAUGGGCUUCUAACUAAUCAGAAUGUCUUUGCUUUCAAUUACACACCUCAAGUUCUGGUUUUCAUUGUACUGUCAUGCCUCAUAUCUGUCUCUGUCAACUUCAGCACAUUUCUUGUUAUUGGAAAGACAUCCCCUGUGACGUAUCAAGUCUUGGGUCAUCUGAAAACUUGUCUGGUCUUGGCAUUUGGUUAUGUUUUACUUCAUGAUCCAUUUAGCUGGAGAAAUAUACUUGGAAUUCUAAUUGCAGUAGUUGGGAUGAUACUUUAUUCUUACUUCUGUUUGGUUGAUAACCAACAAAAGGCUACAGAAGCAUCCGCACAGCUAUUACAGGUGAAGGAAAGCGAGUCUGAUCCUCUACUCAGUGCAGAAAAUGGAACCAGUAUUGCUGAUCCUGGAGCCCCCAAAGCCCCAGUAUGGAGCUUAAAAAAAGAUUUUGAAGCAUAAACUUGAUUAUACCUGCAAGUUAUUUUUUAUCGGAGGUCAUGAUGCUGAAGGUGGUUGGGGGGAAAGACCUCUUUCUAUCGCACAAUCAAUUAGGACUCUUAAGAACUUGGCAGAGUCGGAUGGUGUAUCUUUCUUUUUCAUAACAAUUUUUAUUUGUUUUAUUAAUUAAAUGUGCAGAGUAUUGAUUCUUGUUCAAGGUAUAUGUUCUUGUCGUCGGCCGACUUGCAUCCAAACUUGCCCUUGCACAAAUAUGAACAGCUUCUUAGAUCUGGGUAGAAGCUUCAUAUCUACUUUCUUUAAAAACCGAGUUUGUUUUUCCCAA